AAGGCAGAAUCCGAUCUGGAUUAUAUUCAACACAGACUGGAGUUUGAAAUAAUGAAAAGUCUUCCUGAUAGUCCAGCAGCAGCAGAGGAAAAUCCAGUCGCUCUCUUGGAAGAACUCUCAGUGGUGAAAUCUCAUUAUAAAACGUUAUGCAUGCGGCUGGAGAAAAUUUCCGUAGAGCAGAGAGAAUCCAUGAAGAGCAUCCGCGCUGCUCUAGAGAACACGACGAAGCUGGUUCAGGCGUUACAGCAACACGCUGAUCUUGAGUGGGAGGAGUGCCACUGGAAACGGUUACACAUGCAGACUCUUAGAAGAUUAUUAGAAGACCGUUUACCUGGAGAAGUGUUUGCAAGAGCAGCACUGAGUAUUUCGCAGAUGAACAAGAUGAAUGUGAAAGCCACUGACUUGAAAGAGCUUCCUCUUGCGGAACUCGACAAACAAGGAAAUGUGAAAUGA